AUGUUUAAAAAGAGUCAUAGCCGAUCAUCUAGUACCAGCCGAUCAGAUCAUUCUGAGAGUGCUGCAGGAUAUGACAUUCCUAUUGGAAAAAUGAAGCCAGCACAACAAGCUCUGCAGUCUGGCCCUCAAUCUCAACAAUCAAGUAAAUCAUCAAGAAGUAGGACAUCUUCAGAAGGUGGUUCAUCUCAUAAUUCAAGUAGUUCUGGUAGCCAUGGAAGUAAUUAUCGCUCGCCUUAUCAAUCAGCUAGUCUUUCAAGAACUGUUAAUCCCAUGAAUUACCCGCUUGAUAAUUUAACUGCUUUAAGUAUCGCCUUGAGUGGAAAUUCACCUUAUUCUGCUGAAAACAUCACCCUGCCAACACGCCAAAAUAUUCACCAUGCCAAAUCCUCGUCCACAAACAGUUCACCAUCAAACCAUGGUGGACGUACUUCUAGUUUACAGAAUGUCUCAGCACGUGAAAGAUCAUUGGAAAGAUUGGAAAGGGAAUAUCUCAUGAUGGGGGAACGAUCUCUUGACAGACAUGCUUUAGAAAGAAUGCAGAUGAUAGCUCGCGAAG